AUGGUCCUCUUCUUUCAGAUCUUAUUUGUUGCCCUUGCUGCUCGCUUUACAUUAGUCAUGUAUUCGAAUAUCCACGACUACAUAUUUCAGGUUAAUUUCACUGACAUUGACUACUCCGUUUACAGCGACGCUGCCAAACAUGUGGCAGCAGGGCGAAGUCCGUUUGAAAGGGAGACUUACCGAUAUACGCCAGCUUUGGCUUGGAUUCUUCUGCCAAAUAAUAGCUACCGCGAUUUCGGUAUGUUUUCGGAAAAUAUCUGUUCUCUGUUCUUGACGUCGUCGUUGGGUGAAGAUUGGAUUAUCCAAUCAGUUGUUGCUUUUUGGCUUGCCAAUCCUCUAACAGCGGUUAUAUCGGCGAGGGGUAGUGCUGAUGUGCUUGUCUGCGCUGCUGUGCUCUUUACACUUCACCUUCUUAGAAAAGAUCAGUGGGUAGCAGCUGCAAUUGUACAUGGUGCACUGGCGAUCCAUCUCAAGAUCUAUCCGGUUAUAUAUCUUCCGUCAAUAUUUCUUCACUUAUGCCAAUUUUCUGCUAGUCCAUGCAUAUUUGCUAGUAUGAAGCAGCUUCUUAUAAACUGGAAAGGAUUUGCAUACGCUCUGAUCAGCUUGGGCUGUUUUGGCGCUAUCGUUGCCUUUUUCUACUUAAUCUACGGUGAUCUCUUCUUAGAGGAAUUCCUUCUCUAUCACAUAAAAAGACGAGACGUUGCUCAUAAUUUUUCUCCUUACUUCUACGUGAGUUUACUUUUCUACCCCAGAUGGGUCUCGUUUUGUAUUAUAUAUCAUCAUGAUCUCCCAUUUUGUUGGUUCAUGAGUACGUUUGCUUUUGUCACGUUCAACAAAGUAUGUACAAGUCAGUACUUCGUGUGGUAUAUCUGCUUACUUCCACUUCUCCGUUUUCAGAAGACAAUGCCAAUGAAAGAAGUGAUAUCCUUGAUUGGAAUAUGGUUCACUAGUCAAGGUGUGUGGUUGUUGUUCGCCUAUCUGUACGAGUUCCGCAAAUGGCGUACACUUGAAUUCGUUUGGAUGGCAUCUAUAGCAUUUCUUGUUGUCAACUGUUAUAUUAUGACUAAGCUGAGCCGAAGAUAUUGGGAAAUCAGAAGAACUCCCACGAAGCUUAAGAUUACUUAA